AUGCAUUUCAAUCGACGUUCGUCCAUUCUGCUGGCCUCAGGGCUGGCCAGCCAUGUACUGGCGGCCAACGUGUCGACGCUAGCCACGCGGCUCAAGGCCAUCUCGGCCGACGUCUUCCCCGAUCUCAAGGACAUCGCAGUCGACAUCUGGAACAACCCCGAGAUCGGUCUCGACGAGCACCACGCCCACGACCUCGUCGUGGACUAUUUCACCACCCAGCGCCCGGGAGAAUGGAUCGUCACGCCCCACGCGUUCGGCAUGCCCACGGCGUGGAGGCUGGAGUUCGAGUUCACCGUGCCGGCCCGGUCGCCUAACACGCCGCUGCCCGUCAUCGGCUUCAUGUCGGAAUACGACGCGCUCGUCGGCAUCGGGCACGCAUGCGGACACAACCACAUCGCGCUGAACGGCCUGGCGGCGGCAAGCAUGGCAAGGCAGGCUGUGAUCGACCUCGGGAUUCCCGCACGCAUCGUCCUCAUGGGGACGCCGGACGAAGAGAGCGAGGCCGGCAAGCACACGCUGCUGGAGGCCGGCGCGUUUGACGGUGUCGACGUUUGGUUUAUGGCCCACCCGACCAGCACCAGCGCCGUGCAGCCCAUGAACGCGCGUAUCAACGCGAUUGCUAAUUUCCGCGGGGGCUCGCACAACGACGUAGUGCGCAGCGCGUACGAGGCGCUCGUGGCCGUGAGCGACCGGGCCGCGGCCGGGCUACCCGGCACGUCGUCCACGGCCGUGGCGGUCGAGGACGUGGGCAUGUUUGAAUGCAACAUUGUGCAGUCGCAGAUCUCGCUCGGCAUCAACGGCUCGUCGCUAGAGACAGUGCAACAGACCGUGUCCUCCAUCCUCGACAGCACGUUUCCGGGGGUCACCUUCACCGCCACCCUCGACAGCGACGGCGGCGUCAAUCUCACUAGCUUCGGGCCCGGCGGCCACGCAUCGGACAGCACCAAGGGCCCGCUGGUGCUGACCGUCAAGACGUUCCAGGCGCUGUCCUCGCAGCAAGGCGUCACCUUUUACCUGCCCGGUAACACGACGGCGACGGCACUCGACAUCACCUUCGACAUCCGCUCGCGCUUCACGCUCGACCUGGACUCGGUCCUCGACGUUGUCACGGCGACCGUUGGGAACCUGGCCGCGUCCAUCAGCACCGACACGGUGUACCCGGCCCUCGAGGUGACGCCCUUCAUCCCCGACGUUUUCAUCAACCUGCUCAAGACUCCCGACUACGGCUCGCAGACGAACUGGGGGAUUUCGACGUUUGCGCCGGCGUCCACAGACGCCUCGUGGCUGCAAGGCGCGGUGGUGGAUCCGACAACAAAGGCACUCAUCGGCGCGGACCGUGUCGUCUUCCACCCAAAUUUCGGCAUCUGCCCGCCUGGCACAGCCCACUGCGCGUUCAACCACGAACCGCCCUUCCGUGACCUCGCCGGUACCGAUUUCAGCUACACGCAGACCGAGAUUGUUGCCCGAGCACUUGCUCAAAUCGCGGUGGAGCUGCUGAAUGACCCCGUCAUGAUGGCCAACGCGACGGCGAUUCUUGGCAACUGA